AUGAAUAGAUUUCAGCCGGUCAGCCCCAGUACAUGGCACCGUCUGGAUAGAGAUGAGCGUUUUGAUUUUCCGCAUCCCCUUCAUCCCGUUGACACAGGAAGAUCGGUGCGGCUGGUGGCUAGACGUGGUGACAGGAAUUUGCUGAUUUCCGCUCAACCACGUUUGAGGAACGCAACCCCGAAUGAGGCUCAACGUGUGCAACUACAGAACGGGAUGUUUCAUCAUCCAGCUCAAAUACACCAACGCCAUCUUAGAAAGACCCCUAUUCACAUUCAGGCUGCUGCUGGGCGCAAUCGGAAAAUGGUUGGAAUCGCAGGGCGAGGGCUGCAGGAAAGGAGAAACGCGACAGCGGCUAGCAAUGCUGAUGGCAAAUGGAGCCAUGACUUGUUUGAACAGCUGUCAAGCGAACCGGAGCGAAAACGGCGAAGAUUUAAUUUAUAUGGCGAAACACUGGAGAGAGUGGAUGAUUGA